AUGGACGAACCUGACCGCAAGCUCCCCAAUGACGCCGGCCCAGUCACCGCUAACGCAGUUGUGGCAGCGUGGUCCGCUAAAGACUUUCCCCUGCAGUUCAGAGAAGAUGACCUGUUUGCGCCGAUUUUGCGUCAGUCCACAGAGGCAGAAGAAGAGCGAGUUUUCAUGAUCCAGACAGGUCUCAUGUACUUGAUGAACCUACUCCUGGACCCCAAAGGCAAUGUUAGCUACUCGAUCACAACUGAAGCUAUUCAGUCUUGGGUCGAAUCUCUUCUUGAGACGCGGCCAUUCAAGAAUGCAGAUCUCUGCGGCUUGAUUCUGCUGAAGAAGCGAUCGCUACUGUCGAAGCGCCCGAUAUCUCUUGCGAGGUUCACCGUGGAGUUACCCGAAGAAUCUGGAAAGUUGGUUCGACUACCUGCUGAGAACGAGGCCGAGGAGACUAUCAACAUCCAACCUGCAGAUGCGCAUCACGAUGAAGCUACCUCUGACGACACCGAGUCUCCUAUCUCGAUUGCGAGCUUACGAGCGAACGGUGAAGCAGCACGAUUGGGCAGGUAUCGCGAUGUCCCCGGCAGUCCGUAUUGGGUCUUUCAGAUGGAACAGCAAGGAGAGAGUACCGAACAGGUCAAGUCCUAG